GGAGCCGCGAUGGAGGUGGCUAACAGCAAAGAUUUCCAGUGGAAAACCCUGGCCCCGCUGCCGAGCCGCAGGGUCUACUCGACGCUGGUGGAAGCCGGCGGGCAGGUGUUCGCCAUCGGCGGCUGCGACGACGACGGCGUCCCCAUGGGCUCCUUCGAGGUCUACUCGCCCGAGGCCGACCGGUGGAGCUCGCUGCCGCCCAUGCCCACGGCCCGCGCCGGCGUGGCCGUGGCCACCCUGGGCAAGCGCAUCAUGGUGAUCGGGGGCGUGGGAGCCAACCAGACGCCGCUGAAGGUCGUGGAGAUGUACCACGUAGACGAGGGCAAGUGGAAGAAGAGGAACUCGCUGCGGGAAGCAGCCAUGGGCAUCUCGGUGACGGCAAAAGACUACAGGGUGUAUGCGGCCGGCGGGAUGGGCUCCGACCUGCGGCCGCACAACUACCUGCAGCACUACGACGUGCUCAAGGACAUGUGGGUGUCGCUGGCGCCCAUGCCCACCCCCAGGUACGCUGCCACGUCCUUCCUGCGGGGCACCAAGAUCUACGUGCUGGGAGGGAGGCAGUCCAAAUACGCCGUCAACGCCUUCGAGGUCUUCGACACGGAGAGCAGGUCGUGGAGCAGGUUCCCCAGCAUCCCCAACAAAAGGGCCUUCUCCAGCUUCGUGCCCGCCGAGGACAAGCUCUUCAGCCUCGGGGGGCUGCGGCAGGGGCGGCUCUACCGGCAGCCCAAGUUCAUGAGGACCGUGGACGUGUUUGACAUGGAGCAAGGCGGCUGGAUGAAGAUGGAGCGCGGCUCCUACCUGAAGAAGAGGCGAGCCGACUUUGUGGCUGGCUACCUCAAGGGCAGAGUCAUCGUGGCUGGGGGCCUAGGCAACCAGCCGACCGUGCUGGAGUCCGUGGAGGCCUUCCACCCGGAGAAGAGCAAGUGGGAGAGCCUGCCGCCCAUGCCCACGCCGCGCUGCGCCUGCUCCAGCAUCGUGCUGCGGGACUGCCUGCUGGCGGUCGGCGGCGUCGCCCAGGGCCUGAGCGACGCCGUGGAGGCCCUGUGCGCCUCGCACUCCUAGCGGCCUCCCACCAGCG